AAUGUCGCAAGUCAACGUACGACGUACGACAGAUCUGAUUAGAUUCAAUUUCAAAAAACCUGAUGCAGGAUGGGUGUGAAGGAUUUAUGGUGUAUUUUAUCGCCUCUUUGCGAGACAAAACCACUGUAUGAGUUACAGGGAAAGACUAUCGCGAUCGAUUUAAGUGGAUGGGUCGUCGACAGUCAACUAAUUGUCGACAAUGCAAUACAACCAAAGAUGUAUUUAAGAAAUUUAUACUUCCGGACAUCAACUCUCCUUAUGCAAGGAAUAUUUCCAGUAUUUGUAUUGGACGGAGAAGCUCCUACUCUUAAGCACAAAACCAUUGCACGAAGGAACGACAUUCGCAAUGGGUUUCAAGAAAAAAAGACUGCGAGAAAAGUAGGAAGGACACAAUUUAAUAGAAUUCUAAAUGAAUGCAAACAACUAUUGAGAUACAUGGGUAUCACUUGUAUACAGAGUAAUGGUGAAGCAGAAGCUUUGUGUGCCUAUUUGAAUGAAGAUGGGCUUGUUGAUGGAUGUAUAAGUCAAGACAGUGAUUGCUUUUUGUACGGUGCAAAAGUAGUGUACAGAAACUUUUGUACAAGUACUAAUGGAAAUCGUGGAGGUUCAGUAGAUGUCUACAGUCUGGACAGGAUAGAAGAGUCAUUGAACAUAGGACGUAAUAAAAUGAUAGCAUUGGCCUUAUUGUGUGGUUGUGACUACGACGAAGGAGUAAGCGGUGUUGGAAAGGAAGCAGCUUUAAAAUUUUUUAAGACUGUAGAAGAUGACAAUGUCUUACAAAGAAUUCAUGAGUGGAGAACUGAUAGAAGGUUGGUUAGAGCUGAGUGGGAUUUGCCAAAUUUAUGCACAUCAUGUGGUCAUCCAGGAAAGUUGCAGAGACACACAAAAUCAGGCUGCACCGAUUGUGGUACACUUACAAAGUGUAACAAUGACUUCAGAGACAAAAGGAUAUUGUUGUUAAAUGAAAUUUCUCUAAGAAAAAAAGCAACUCAGAAGGAAAAUUUUCCAAAUCAAGAGUUAUUAGAGGAAUUUCUUGUCAGAAAAGAUUCGGUUCCAACUAAAUUAGAUAUAGAAUGGAAACAACCUCAAAUCAAUCAGUUUAUUGAUUUUAUGGACAAACAUCUUUGUUGGGAACCAAAAUAUGCGUUUGAAAAAAUAUUCACGUUGUCCACUAGAUGGCAACUUUUACAUCUACCAAAUCUCACGCUUGAUGAACGUUUACUCGUGCCAAACUUAUUUAUUCCUGAUAAGAUAUUAAAAAUACGUAAUAUAAGAUCGAUAGCUAGUUAUGAAAUUAUUUGGAAUAACGAGCACAGUGCAAUAAAAUUGUUGAAAGAGUAUCAAGAGCAAGCAAGAGAAAAUGUUGAUAACGUAAAUGAUAUUGUUUUAACGAGCAUUGAGCCGCAAGAUUUGGUUCAAAAAUGUUAUCCCGAAUUAGUCAAAAUAUUUGAAGAUACUAGAACUGUAAAACCGAAGAAACGAACCGCAAACUCGCGGAAAAAGCAACCUUUGAGAGAAGUAACAAAUCUCAAAGAAAAUAAUACUGAAGUACAACAAACCGCAAAAGCGCAGUCAAAAAAACCACAAAAGAAAACUGUGAAAGAAAGCAAAAAUAAUAGGAAGGUAGACGAUUUUGCAUCUGACGAGCCUCUUGCGUCUUUAGAACGAUCUUUUGAAGAAAUAGCGAUCGCUCCUAAAAGAUCGAGACGGCAAAAUACUUUGAAUAAACUGAAUGAAGUAAGAUUAAACGACGUGCAUGAGAGCUUUACCGUGAGGAACUCAAGACAAAUGAAACGCGGGCCACAAUUUGAAAGAGUACUGGAAACGGAGAGAGUUACUUCUUCUAGAUUGAAUAAUACAAUCGAUAGAAUGUUUAACGAUCUUUCGCCCGAUGAUUUCAUAAGCGAAAACGAAGAUAACGAUCCGGACAUGACGAAUGUGAUAGAAGAUAUAUGUAGCAAACAGAUAUUUCAAUUGACCGUAGAGAACUGCCACUGCACACAAUCUACCGAUCGAUCUGUAGAAAACAAUUUGGAGAAAUGUACAAAACUUGACAAAUCUUUGACACUCGUUACGAAAGAUAUUCUCGUCAUCGAUAUCGAAGACGAGAACAAACAAGCAGAUAAAUCUACUGACGAAUUCGGCAACAUAAGUGAAUCGUAUAUUCCUAUUAAUCAAAGGUUAGAAAUACGACAAGAAAAAAACAAACGAACGUGCAAUCAAACGAGGAAAAAAUUGAGCUUUAACUUCGAAAAUAUUAUGAAUGAAACCGACAGCGAUAGCACUAUCGUGCUAUCUGAUACAGAUACAUAUCAGUAAUAUCAUAUGACAGUUUUUUUUACUAUAAAGCAUGAAGAAAUCCUGAAGAUGUUUUAUCGAUACAUUUUUAUUUAUUUUAUUUUUCUGAUCAGAAUGUUAACAGUAUGAAGAUAUUAAAUAUCACGCAUGUGUAUUUUGUUUUUAUUAUUGUUGUUAAUGAGUGUGUAUAAUUUUAUUAACUACAAAUAUAAAAAAUAUGUUUUAGUAAAACUUAUAUAUAUGAAAAAAAGAGCACAUAUAUGUUAUAACGAAAUAAAGAUGUAAAAAUUCAUCUUUACAUUU